UUUUUAAAGUAUAUUGUCAUAUGUUGUGUGUAUAUUCGUAUAAAAUAUCUUAUUUGGUUUCUAAAAGGACCCAUGUUUUUCGGUGUUCACCAUCUACGAGGCGGAACUUUAUAUUUGUAGUUUUUUAACGUUAGAUCAUUUCGCCGCAAUGGCGGACGGAGCCGCAGCAGCUGGAGCUGGUUACGAUGUAAACACACCUGGUCCAGGUGUGAACACGGCUGGAAACCCCACAGAAAUAGCCAUGGCGUAUUUACAAGACGAGAAGACUGAUGGCGACAUCGCUAACCUGAACCUGGGAGAACUGGACCUCACCACUGAUGAGUUUAUCUUGGAUGAAGUGGACAUUCAUAUUCAGGCCAAUCUGGAAGAUGAACUGGUGAAGGAGGCACUCAGAACGGGUGUGGAUCUCCGUCAGUACUCUAAACAGGUGGAGGCGGAGCUGCAGAGGAUUGAACAGGCGUCCAUCAAAGACUACAUUAAGGAGAGUCAGAACAUCGCUCUGCUGCACAACCAGAUCACCGCCUGUGACUCCAUCCUGGAGAGGAUGGAGGGGAUGCUGAGCGGCUUCCAGAGCGACCUGUCCUCCAUCUCCAGUGAGAUCCAGACGCUGCAGCAGCAGUCGGUCAGCAUGAACGUCCGUCUGAAGAACCGACAGGCCGUUCGCAGCCACCUGAGCCAGCUGGUGGACGAGCUGGUGGUUCCUGGAGCCAUGAUCUCCACCAUCCUGGACAGUCCGGUGACGGAGCAGGAGUUCCUGGAGCAGCUCCAUGAGCUCAACAACAAGAUCAACUUUGCUAAAGAGCUGAGCUUCAGAGAGACGCUGGCCUGCUCCGACAUCCAGGACAUCGUGGACCGCCUCAAAUUGAAGGCGGUGUCAAAGAUCAGAGAGUUCAUUCUGCAGAAGAUCUACUCCUUCAGGAAGCCCAUGACCAACUACCAGAUCCCUCAGAACACUCUGCUCAAGUACAGGUUUUUCUACCAGUUCCUUCUGGCCAAUGAGAGAACGGUCGCCAAGGAGAUCAGAGACGAGUACGUGGACACCAUGAGCAAGAUCUACUUCAGCUACUUCAAGUCUUACAGCGGCCGGCUGCUCAAAGUUCAGUAUGAGGAGGUGGCAGACAAAGAUGACCUGAUGGGAGUAGAAGACACAGCCAAGAAAGGUUUCUUCUCCAAACCGUCCCUGAAGAGCAGGAACACCAUCUUCACGCUGGGCCAGAGGGGAUCCAUCCUGAGUCCUGCAGAGCUGGAGGGUCCCAUCCUGGUCCCCCACACAGCUCAGAGAGGAGACAGCAGGUAUCCCUAUGAGACGCUGUUCCGCAGUCAGCACUACGCUCUGCUGGACAACGGCUGCAGAGAAUUCCUCUUCCUGUCCGACUUCUUCAUGGUGGCAGGAAACUCAGCCCUCGACCUCUUCAACAGCAUCAUGGGAAAAACACUCAGCAUGUUCCUGAAGAGUAUGUCCACCUACGUGUCUGACUGCUACGACAGCAUCGCCAUCUUCCUCUGCAUCCACAUCAUCCUCAGGUUCAGAGCCAUCACAGCCAAGAGGACCAUCCCUGCUCUGGACAAGUACUGGGAGGCUGUGCUGGAGCUGCUGUGGCCGAGGUUUGACCUCAUCCUGGAGAUGAACAUCCACAGCAUCAGAAACACAGACCCUCAGAAACUGGGAGUACUGGACACCAGACCACACUAUAUCACUCGUCGUUACGCAGAAUUCUCAUCAGCCAUCGUCAGCAUCAACCAGACGUUCCCUAAUGAGAGAACCAACGCCCUGCUGGGACAGCUGCAGAUUGAAGUAGAAAACUUUGUGCUGAAGAUGGCGGCUGAGUUUCCCUCCAGAAGAGACCAGCUGAUCUUCCUCAUCAACAACUACGACAUGAUGCUGAGCGUCCUCAUGGAGAGGGCAGCAGACGACAGUAAGGAGGUGGAGGGUUUCCAGCAGCUGCUUCUGGCCAGAACCCAGGAGUUUAUCGAGGAGAUUCUUUCUCCUCCGUUUGGAGGGAUGAUCGCCUUUGUGAAGGAGGCCGAGGCUCUGAUGGAGAAAGGCCAGCUGGACCGGCUGAAGAACGAAGAAGCUCGGAUCUCUCAGCUGGUUCGGGGAUUUUCCAGCUCCUGGAAACAGUCGGUAGAGGCGAUGAGUCAGGACGUCAUGAGGUCCUUCACCAACUUCAAGAACGGAACCAGCAUCAUACAGGGCGCCCUCACCCAGCUCAUCCAGUACUACCACGGCUUCCACAAAGUCCUCAACCAGCCCACCUUCCGCAGCCUGGCCGUCCGCUCAGAGCUCAUCAACCUGCACCACCUCAUGGUGGAGGUCAAGAAACACAAACCCAACUUCUAGCAGGAGAUGGUGACUCCUGGAUCCUCCUCAUCUCCUCCUGGAUCCUCCUCAUCUCCUCCUGGAUCCUCCUCAUCUCCUGCUUUAGUCCUUCUGGCUCAGCUGGAGAACAUUAACUCAGAUGUUAAGAAGAAGACAUGGUUGUUGAAGAUCAGAGGUAAAGCUGAGGAUUCCACACAUCUCCAUCUGUCUAAAUGACGGUUAGAAACAGGUUCCAGAGAUGUUCAGGGUGUGUGGGAUUCUUUAGUUUCCUUACAGCGACCAACAGAACUGAACCGAGGCCAUGAAGAAAGACGUCCAACGUCCUGCUGAUUCAGCCUGGUCCUGUUAGUGAAAUAAUCAGAAAUAAGAAUUAAACAGAUUCAACCUGUCAGUUAAAUAAUCAGAAAUAAUAAACAGAAGAAGGAUUUAAAUGAUUACUGUCCAUAAAGUUAUUAAAGCUGAACAUGUUUCUCUUUUCUGUUUGUAUUAAAGCUCGACCGCAGCUUUUGUUCAGCAGCGUUUAGUGUUUGUGGCUCAAGAAAAGGAAAGGAAAGGUUCAGUCGUGUUUUUACUUCCAGAUUUAUUCCAACCUGUUUUUACUUGCAGAUUUAUUCCAACCUGUUUUUACUUCCAGAUUUAUUCCAACCUGUUUUUACUUCCAGAUUUAUUUCAACCUGUUUUUACUUCCAGAUUUAUUUAGACCUGUUGGGUUUUAACCCUCAGAGAGCAGCUUUGAACACUCAGUUGAACUGAACAGAUGGUUCUUCUUCAGGUCAUCAAAUCCCAGCAGAGUUGGACUUUUCUGAGCUCAUUAAUUCUAUCUGGAGACAUAAAUCUUUAAAAACAUCUCAUGUAUGUAGUGUAACAUUUAGAGCCCAUGUUCUGCUCAGUUACUGGCUUUCAUUGUUUUAUUUUGGGCUUUAAUGUUCAUAAAACUGGUUCCAUUUGUGUCUGAGCUGGAAGUGAUUCAUGUCUUUAAACAGUGUGGUGGAAAAAUGUGAUUAUUAAAGAAUAAUCAGCAGA